UCUGGGUGUAAAUUAUAUAGAUUGCUCAAUAUUUUUCACUUAUUUACACCGCUAGUAAAUAGUGGAACAGUAAUAAAUGCCUUUCGCAGCUUCGGUUUUUGAUUUCGUUCGGAAUCGCGCGGGACGUUCGUCUGUCAGCUGUACAAGUAGUUCGGCUAGGUAGCUGUCAAAUGGUGAAUAGCAAAGCAGGAGCGGUAGUGAGAAUAUUUUCUAAUAAAUAUGUCUUUUUAUUCGCAUUAUCAAACACUUAGGUAAUCGCCGCGGCUAACCGAAAGACUUAGCGUAUUUAGACAUAACAUUUAACGCCGGUGUCGACGCAACAUGGGGUCCAGGGACAGGGACUCGAAAUCGCUACAAGACAAAUUGAAAGUAUUCUUCAAAAAGGGUGGAUCGGCGCCGCUGCCGGCCCGCAACGAGCUGGUGGUGACGGCGGAGCUGGAGCGCGAGCUGUGCGCCGACGCGCCGCUGCACCGCCGCCUCCGCGCGCUCAAGGAGCUGGGCGAGAAGGCGAUCAACGUGCGCGUGCAAGAGGGUGGGGUGGAAAAGCUAUGGUCCUGCACCCGAGACCUUUUAGAAGACAGCAACACGGAGGCUCGUCACGCGGCGCUAUGGUUCCUGCGCUGCAUCGCUGGCGGGCAGGCGGACUACCUUCAGAUCAUGCGCACGAUCUUCUUCCGGUACCUGCGGGAGACGCACGCCGCGCAUCCGGCCGAAGACUCGCAGCUGCGGUUCAAACUUCUACACACGUUAACUAAUAGCGGCAAGAAUAUUAACUGCUUUGAGGAGGAGAUUGGACCAUUCUUGCUGGAGUGGUUGCCGUUGAUCCAGACGCCGGCACACACGGUGGAGUUCCUCCAGCUGAUCAUCAACGUGGUCAAGUUCAACGCCACCUAUCUGGACGAGCACAUCGUACACGGAAUUGUCAAUAACGCGUGCCAGCUGUGCGCGUACAGCGCGGAGGCGGGCGUGGUGUCGCAGGCGCUGUCGCUGCUGGAGGCCGUGGUGUCGUACUCGCUGCUGCCACGCGCUGCUCUGCCGACGUUCGUCGCCGCGCUGUGCCGCACCGUCAACGUCGAGUGCCACUGCCAGGCCAGUUGGAAGUUGAUGAGGUGCGUGGUGGGCGGCGACAUCGGCCACGCGGCGCUGCAGGAGAUGGUAUCACUGCUAGUGGGGGGCUCGGGGUCGGAGUCGGAGCCGGAGGCGGAGGCGGGGGUUGCGCGGGGCGCGGUGUUCUACAUGAACAUGGCGCUGUGGGGCCCGCGGCGCGUGCCGACGCUGCGCGUGUCGUUCCUGGCGGUGCUGCCGGCGCUGCUGAAGGCGCUGGAGCGGCGGCGGCCGGUGCUGACGUACGAGGUGGCGGUGGGCGUGUACAGCGUGGUCACCCGCGCGCCGCAGGACCUGCACGAGCCCGCCUGGGACGUGCUGCUCAACAUACUGCGCACCAUCGUCGACCAUGACAAGUCAUUCGAGCCGCCAAACGAGUUGAUCCACUCGCGCCUGCACGCUGUGAUCACGUCGAUCGAGCAGCUGCACGACGCGGGCCAGUACUUCGGUGACGUCGACGCGCUGUUGGACCUCAUCGACUACUGCGGGCAUGACCGACCGGAGUCGUCGACGAUGCGCCUGGUGCGGCUGCGCGCGGCGGCGCUGUCGCCGAGCGGGCCGGAGUGGGCGAGCGGCGCGCUGGCGCUGGCCGACCGCUACCUGCGCCACGAGAAGCGCAUCAACGUGCGCCUGCACACGCUCACGCACAUACUGGAGUUCAUACACAGAUACAGAUGGGCGUACGGCGAGGAGCUGGCGGAGUCGGUGGGCGUGCCGGUGCUGGGCGCGUGCGCGCUGGACGCCGAGCCGCUGCUGCGCGCCGCCGCCGCCAAGCACCUGCCCGCGCUGGCGCGGCACGCGCCCGACUCCUGCACCGACCUCGUCGACCUGCUAGAGAAGAUCCUGAACCGUCCGUUCGAGAUGUACGUGACGGACGUGCCGAUCCCCGCGGACGCGGACACGAGCGACCUGCGGCUGGCGGUGAGCGGGCUGCUGGAGAUGUUCCACGAGCGGCUCCUCGCCUCGCCCGGCUCGCACGCCACGCGCUGCUUCCUCGUGCUGCUCGACCACCUCGACAACCACUACAAGCGCCCGGCGCUGUUCAUGCACCAUCCGGAUAUACGGAUGAAGAUAUUCGAGUUGGUGUUCGGUCUGCGCGUGAACGCGUUGAACUGCGUGGGUUUCUGCUACGACGCGCACGGGGCGCCGGUGGCGGGCGCGGGGGCGGGCGCGGGCGCGGCGCGGCUGAAGCCGGUGUGGUCGCCGUUCCUGGUGGCGGAGGCGCUGGCGGUGCGCGGGCAGGCGCCGGCGCCGCGCGAGCUGCCGGCGGGCGCGUGCGGCGCGGCGGCGGGGCGGGCGGCGCGCGCGGUGUCGGCGGCGCUGACGCGCGAGGCGGACUGGGCGGUGCUGGCGGCCGUGCUGCGCGCGCUGCCGCCGCUGCUGCACACGCGCGCGCUCGCGCUCGGCCGCCGCGCCGCCGACAUCGACUUGCUCGCCUCCACGCUCUGCUCCAUGAUCUCGGACCGCAGCCUGAACUUCCCGGAGUGCCUGCGCGUGGCGAACGGCCAGAAGCUGCUGGUGUCGGAGUUCCACGCGGCGGCGCUGCCGGCGCUGGCUGCGCUGGCGCCGUACCACUCGUACCUCGAGCCGCAGACGCAACAGCGCAUUGUGAGGUGCCUGCUCAAGUAUGGGAUGGUGCUCCGUACGCCACAGCCGUACAUCAACGCGCUGACGAUAUUCACGCUGGAGACCCGCGAGACGAUGGUGAAGAUGUUGCCAGAAGUUCUGUUAGACCUCUCCAAGAUCUCAGAUACAAAGGCCAUCGCCAGCCCCAUGCUCGAGUUUCUCUCUACUCUCACGAGACUUCCGAAGGUGUUCGCUUCAUUUGUGGAAGACCAGUACAUGUCCGUGUUCGCCAUCUUGCUCCCCUACACGAACCCAUCGCGCUACAACCACUACGUGGUGUCGCUGGCCCACCACGUGAUCGCCGCGUGGUUCCUCAAGUGCCGCCUCUCGUACAGACGCAACUUCGUGCGGUUUAUUAUACACGGCCUGCACAACUACAUAAUAAUGCCGUUCGAAGAGCAACUGCAGUACAACUCUAACAACUUCCAACAGGCGAACGCGAACGAGGACUCUUCCAACAGACAGAGGAGUUCCAGUCUUGGCUCGCGGGCGGUGUCUCGCGCGCCGCUGGGGCGCUCCAACGGGGGCUCCUCUGCCGCCUCCGCCGCCUCCGCAGCCUCCGCCUCCGCCGCCUUCCACGUCGAGCUUACCGAGACCUGCGUCGACCUGCUCGCACGAUACACCUCCACGCCCUGCAGCGUCAAGCCGCACAGAAGUGACACGGCCGAGUUCCUGUUCAACGGCGGCCAGUCAAUGACGUGGCUGGUGGGACACAAGCUGGUCACCAUCACCACAUCCGGCUGUCUGCAGAACUCCAUCAAACAAGGACUGUGCGACAGGUGCGCGGUGCUAUGCAAGCUGCACGCAGACAGCGUGGCGAGUCCGCUGCCGCCCAUCCCCCCGCCGCCCAGCGAGCCCACACACACACACAACCACAUGGACGCCGCCACACAGGUGCACAUAAACGAAACACCAAACGAUAGUCAGCCCCUAGCGAACACAAAUAGCAAUCAUUUACAAGUACAGCCGCCGCAAAAUCCGCCUGAAGUGAAACGACAAAAUUCAUCUGAGAACAACAAGACGAACGACCCGCUGGUGGAGGUGCUCAACCAGUUCUCGCAGAGGUUCGAGAGGAUCUCCAAGGAAGUGGACUGCGAGGAGCCGGGCUGGUCCCGCGUGGGCGAGGCGGCGGCGCUGGGCGCGUGUCCGUGCUGGUGCUCGCGCUGGGCCGAGGUGCACGUGCGCUCGCCCACCGGGGACGUCUGCUUCGUCAUGCGCGUGCAGAACCAGAUGAACUGGGACUAUCUGCUCGAGUCGCCGCUGCAAGACGUGGCGGCGAUACUGAACCCUGUGGGCGCUAUGAACGGCGCGCCUCCCCCAGCCCCCGCGGCUGCGCCCGCGCCGACCCCCGCGCCCCCCGCCCCGGCGCCACCGCCUGCCACCGCCGCACCCCCGGCCCCCGCCGCCACCGCCGCCGCGCCCGCACCGUCAAUACCCAACGCCGUGGCAGACUUCAAACCUGAUGCUUUCCCGGAAAGCGAAUCGCGUGAGGGGCGCGAGCGCAGCGGCUCCGCGUCAUCGGCGAGCCGCAACAGCGUGGCCACCGCCCCCGCCACCACCGCCGCCACCACCGGCCCCGCCGCCGAGCUGCACAAGUCCAACUCCGACUCGGUCGUGGCGGCCGACCGCAGCGGACGACACGCGCCAGCCGCAAGGAUGUGCACGCAGCCGAUCAACAUCCCGGGCUCGCCGCAACGGCAGAGUUCCUCCAGCACCACCGACGACGACGACAUGCUGCUCAUCGUGCCGGAGUCGCGUGUGUGCGGGCGGCAGGGCAAGUCGCGGCACCCCGUGCGCCGCUCCAACUCCUCGCCGGAGAUGUCCUCCUCGUGGAAGGUGGCGCGCGAGCCCAGGGACUACGACGAGGAUCUGGCGCUCGACCCCGUGGAGAUGAUCCUGCUGCCUAGCGUGGAACCGCAGAGCGCGUCAGUGUCGAUGCACGCGUCUAAGAAGGCGAAUAAGAAGAGCGACAUGCGCGUGUCGUGCGAGGCCAUCCCCGAGGAGAUGUGCGGCACCUCGCCGCUCGCCAGCCACCCGCACCUCAUGACGUACAAGUCCGACCCCGGCUCGGGGUCGGAGUGCGCGGCGGAGGGCGCCGACGCGCCUGCGCACGCCGCACACAACCAGCUGCAGAAGACGGCGAGUGACGGCAGCGUGAGCGGUUCCCGCGGGAGACCGCCCACAGUGCCGCGCGCCAGGGACGAGCUGCCGCCGCUGGCGAGGUCCAAGCGCUCCAACACCAUCUCUGUCAUGAGCCCCACCAGGAGACACAGAGCAAACAACAGCCAGCCGGUAUCAUGCAGCGUGUCGAACAGCUCCGCGCACAUGUCGGGCGCAGGCGCGGGCGCGGCGGGGGGCGCGGGCCCGGGUGCGGCGCCGGGCGGGGGCGCGGCCCCCGGCGUCGUGGGGGGCGGCGGCGGCGGACUCACGCCCUCCUUCGUCUUCCUGCAGCUCUACCACAACAUGAGCACCUACCCCAUCACGCCGCCUGUACCCGGCGAGUCGCCGACGAUCCUGAACCCGCUGUCGGAGCGGCCGCUGCGCGUGUCGGGGCCGCAGCACGAGCGCACCAUCAAGAACCUGGACCUCGUGCCGCCGCUCGAGACUUAUAAGAUAGGAAUUUUGUACGUGGGACCAGGUCAACAGGACAACGAAGUAUUAAUAUUGAAAAAUGAAUAUGGAAGUGUGAGGUAUUCAGAGUUCCUGACGCAGCUGGGCACGCUGGUGUCGCUGGAGGGCACCGGCGAGGACGACCACAACCUGUUCCUCAACCUGGAGAAGGGAGGCAAGGACGGGCGUUACACGUACGUCUGGAACGACGAUAUUAUGCAGGUUCUAUUCCACGUGGCGACGGCGAUGCCCUCGUCCCCGAAGGACCCCACGUGCAACGAGAAGCGGAAAUACAUCGGCAACGAUUUCGUGUCGAUAGUAUACAACGACUCCGGCGCCGAGUUCAACAUACACACUAUUAAGGGUCAGUUCAACUUCUGCAUAGUGGUGGUGGAGCCGUACGAGCACGGCAUGAACCGCGUGUUCAUCAAGACGAAGGACGAGCGCAUCCGCACGAAGUUCCUGUCGCACCUGGACUCGCACGUGGUGUGCGUGUCGGACGCCAACGUGGCGCUGCUGGCGCGCCAGGUGGCGCUGCACUGCGCGCUGGCGGCGCAGAUCUCGCAGUCGCUCAACAUGGGCGGCGCGCGCGCCUACGCGUCCAACUGGCUGGAGCGCCUGCGCGCCAUCAAGCGCCUGCGCGCGCGCGUGGCCGCCGAGCGCCACGAGCGCCACGCCGCCGCGCGCCCCGCGCCCUACCACGCGCCCUACCCCGCGCCCGCGCUCGCGCUGCGCGUCGCCAUCGACGACUUCAACGACUACACCUAGUCGCCACCACGCACACGCCACACUCCAUCUCUCUCCCUCGAUACAAUACUCUGUCUCCUUCGUGGGCAGCUAUUUAGGGUUAAAGCUACAAGUCACAAUGGUCUUCACUCUUAGAUAUCGGGCAGCAAUAUAAAUUGACAUCGAUAAAGACAGUUUUCUGAAGCGCGUUUUUACGUCUACGUUUAAAAUUUUCUGAAGUCACGUCACUCACAACAUCACUAUUCUAAGUGAUUUCUCAGUGGGAGUAAGAAGCACAUAUUACGGACUGAAUCUGUUGUGUAAUACUUUUAUUCACACUUUCGCCAUCUGACGUCUAAGACAUUGGCGAACAAUCACGUGUGUGUGAUAAAACACUUAUAUAAUAUUGUUGGCUAUGUAAAAUACUCUAUGACGAAAUAGGCUGUAGUUCCAUCAAUAAACUGGACAUGCAGCCAUCGAUUUGCGUCGAGACCAUGCACUACUAUAAAACAUAAGUGUAUCAAACCAUAUAUAAACGUGUAAACACGUCCGUCAUUUCUUUUCAGACUAUAGCAUGCUAAAUAGCACGAAAAAAGGCAUGUGUGUCUAAUCUUUCUCACACAAUUUCCGUAUUAUUGAAUAUAAAAACGCUACAGUUAAAAACUACAAUUUCAAAUCGAUAAAAAUUAACCAAUCAGCAUAAAGCAUGAAUUACGCCAUUUUGAUUGAUUAAUUAUAAAUCUUAAGAUUCAAAUUCAGAACCCAUUUCAAAGCGUUUGUCGCGCACCCAAAAUAGAUUUCGAAGACGUCACGAGCAUGGAAUCCCAAAUUUGUAAUGACAAAAUAUUUCCAUGUAAUUAGGUGUUAAUGUGUUAGGUGACAACAAAAUGUCUAAAAUUUGUGCUGGUAAUAACGCCAAAAGCAUUAGAUUCGAAGAAACGUUUGUUGUCGUCAACGAUGAUGUAUAACAGCGGCUAAAAUCGGAGCGCGUAUUAUACUUAUUGUUAUACAAAUAUCAGCUAUAUACCAAAAGCCUGAUUUAGUUUUGUUAUUGAAUCAUUCAUCACCACUCCGUUAGCCCGCUUUGACGCUAAACCUCAACGUAAAUGAUUGAUUUUUUUAAGGUAAAGGUCCCUAUUCCAUCUAUAAGGGCGAAUCCGUCUUUUUGCAAUUACGGGUGUUUUAUUCGAAGGACAGCUUCAAUAUCCGUAUAGGUAAGAGAGUCAAAACUCCCCUAUUUAACUUUACGGCCAUAAAAGCUAUCCUUCAAUUAGAACGCCUGUGAUUUCAAUAGACGGAUAUACCCCCGAAGAGGGUAAAGGACCCUCUGACGUUACUAGAUAUUAUGUAAUGAAUUUUUAUAAUACAUAAACACCUUUUUACAUGGCGACGGCCCCGCCUAUGUGUUGCAUAGGCGGGAGCUAUGAAUUAUAAUUGAAUGAAUUGUAAAUAGAAAUGUAAGGAAAAAUAAUUUUGGCCAAAGAGCGGCGCAGAUGACAAAUACACGGUUCUGAGGGUUGCUGAGGUUGCUUAAGUGACAAGGGAAUUUGAUGUUCUUUGACAAAAAUAGUUUAAUACAAGCAUAUUGUGUUGUUUAGGUUAUAAAUCGUGGCGAACAUGGUGUCCAAAAGCUGGACACCAAGGUCCAAAAUCUGCGCUACUUUACAUGAAUAAGGAAUAUUUGGGUUAUACUCCAUUACGCAGUUGAUCAUAUCCUGGGCUUCAAAGAUCUAUGCAGGGUUCCUUACAUCCUCUUAUCUUUAUGGAACAUUGAUUCUCCUUAUUUCUCUUAAGCAGUCUUUUACACCCUCCUUUUAGUUUUAAGUUGUGUUAAGUAAAAAUAAUAAUUAUGUUCAAUAAUUCAUUGUUUAUUGUUAAUUAUGGUUCAAGAUGGCGCCGCUCGUUGGCCAAUUAGUCGUUAGGGCGGUGACACACUUGCGCGUCGCAACUCAAAAAUGUUGCGCAACAUACCUCGUAUUGACUACAUUUGAGGCGCAACAUACUACACGCAGUACGCGUCAAGUUGCUUACACUUAUACGACACGUCACUCGACAACGUUGCUAAACAUGUUAGAUGUUGCGCAACAAGUGACGUCUACUGUAUUCGAGUCUCCACAGUUGCAUGUUUUAAUGAUUUAAGCUUGAAUGUAUUAAAGUAAGCUCGUAACUCGUUGCAUGAAUUCGCGAUUAUUACGAUGUAAUAGGUCUUGGUCUAGUGGCAGCAUAAAUGGCUGUGAAACUGGUGAAAUCCAGGGUUCGAUGGUGGAUUUCCAAAAAAAUUAUUGAACAUACCCGAUAAUGAGAUAGUUCCGUUACCACGGAGAACGGUAAUUCGGCGGAUUUUGAGUGCACUGUUCGCGCCUAACCGCCACUGAUAAGUGCGUGAGCUUGUGUUGUGUGAUACGCGGCAACUCGUGUCGUCGCCUUCGCGGCCUCCCAACUGCGUCCACUUCGCACCGCCGUACGAUAAGCGGCUCCUUGCUUAAGCUACGACUUCCAGACAAAAUCAAACGUAUUCUACUCUUAACAUUUUUUAACAAAAUGAAAAAUUAUAUACUUUUUUGUAAGAUGUGAUAGUAGCAUUAACAGUUACAAAUAUGAAAAAAAAUAACAUAGUAAUACGGACAAAAUAUGUAUAAACGAAUGCUGGCACGGUUUUCUACGAAUACGCUUCGCUUACGGGGUCUCGCGUUUUUCACAUAGUCGUUAAAGUUAGUACGGUAUCCGCCUUGUAAGUGACACAGUUUUGCACCCACUUCACGUGGCACGACACGCUUCUCACGUUGAGUUACGUGCGCGUGCGCGUGCGCGUGCGCGUGCGCGUGCGCGGCCGUGCGUGCGUGCUGCGGCUCGCACCGCCGCGUCGGCGCACGCGCACGCGCCCUGUUCAUGUUUAUCCUUUGUGUAACUAUAUGUAUUGCCUCGUUUGUCUGCGGCUUAGUUUAAUUUCGUAUCUAAAGUUAGAUUGUGAACUGAGUAAUGUUAAAGGUAACGUUAAGGUGUUAGUAUGUACGCGUAUGUCCCUCCCCCCGCCCCGCCCACACCAGGCCGGCACAGAGCUGCGACCAUCGGCUACAACAGCGACCAGUCCUUAAGCAGUUGAGGCAUUUCUUGUUGAAAUAUAUUUUAUGUAGCAAUUUAUUUCCUGACGAAAGAUUUUGUAAUCAAAUAAAUGAUGGCUAUUUU